GGAUAGCCUUCGCUCGAAAAUAGUCUUUCCACGUUGGAAUGGACACUUUGAACUAUGGAAAGACCAUCCUGCGUGACAUGAUGACGCGGGUAAUACCCCGAAAUUUUUUUGGGGGACCGUUGCGCAACAUGCCCAUCUCGGAAUUCAGAAAAAAGAAGCUGCUCUACGUGUUUCACGUGUUUUUCGAUGUGAACCAAAGCGGGACGAUCGAUCGCAAGGAUUUCGAGCUGGCUAUUGAGAAAAUAUGCAGCUUGAGAGGGUGGCCCCGCGACUCACCCGACUACAACAAAACCUUCGAAAGCAUGAUCAAAAUAUGGGAAGGUCUGAAAAAUAAAGCGGAUUCCAACAAGGACGGGCAGGUGAGCGUCGAAGAGUGGGCGACGAUGUGGGACGAAUUUUCCAAAGACUCGGAAAACCCGCUGGACUGGCAGGUGCAGUACAUGAGAUUUAUGUUCGAAAUGGAGGACUCGAGCGGCGACGGCGCCAUCGACAUCGACGAAUUCACCGGAGUGUGCUCCUGCUACGGGCUGGACCCGCAGGAGUGCAGACAGGCUUUCCAGAAGAUGGCGCAGGGCCAGCCGAGCGUCAGUUCGCAGCAAUUCGAGGAGCUGUGGAAGCAGUUCUUCAUUUCGGAAAAUCCAUCCGACCCGGGCAACUUCAUCUUCGGAAAGACGUCGUUUUAAUCGGCCGGGCCGCGUUCAGAGCGAACAACAAUUAUUAAUAUAUCAAAUGUAUUUUAUGAUACGUUCGAAUGUCCUUCAUCCUAUUUAGAAGAAGAAUAUUGUAGUAGUAUUUGUAAACGAAAUUGACCAAAAAGAUAAAAAUUGUAUUACAUUCCUUCAGGUGACAUUGCAAUUGAUUUCGUUCUCUUCGUGUUUUAUGAAUGUUUCAAGUAAAUGUUGUCAUAAGCCUUGUAAUUAGAUGCGUAUAGUACAAUUCAAAAUCCGUGGAAACAGAAAGCCUUAGAGAAAUAUCUGAAAUUCGACACAGUUUAGGUGAAAAUUUCGACUGAAUUUGGAAUGUACUAUAACUUUGGUCAUAUCCUCUUGAGAAAAAUAACUAGAAAUAAUUUUUCCUAUAUCAGAACUAUAACAAAUAUGAAUUUCGAUCGAUAAACGCGCAAAUUACCAACAUUUCUCGACGCAUUUGCGGUGUUUCUCGAGCUCCUGUGUAAAUUGCAAACAAUUUAUUAACCGCAUUUUAUAAUUGCAAUUAAAAUGCGGCUAAUUCGACGAAUCUUAUACAAGUGUAAGGGCUCAAUGUAUAUGAUUCUCCCCAGUUCUUUUAGUCACCCUACAGAGAGAGUUCAAUAUGUUUUUGUCAAAAAGAAAAUGUUCGAAAAUGCCACUUUUUUCCGUGUGUAAUAAGUAUGAUAAUCCUAACACACAGCGAGGUGUGAAACUUUUCAGAUUAUUCCUUCAAGUUACAGGCAAAGUAACCUUAUUGAAAUGUAUAUUAGGUGUAGGAUAUAGAGUUUUCCUACUCCUAUACUUCGGUAUAAGUUUUGAUAGGGUUUUAAAAAAUGCUAAUAAUAAAUUUAAAUGGUGGAUUGUUAAGUGUGAGUUUGGCCUAAAUUUAUGUAAAAUUAAACAGAAUAUUUUCUUUUUUGACUAAGAAAAACACGCUUUUCGCGGCGUAUAAAGAGUGCAAGUAAAAGUAGGAAGAAUAUCUAAGGAUAUGCAAUUUGUUUCAACAAAAAAUAAUGUCGGUCCUUGUUUCCUCUAAAUAUAAUUUCAAUUACUGUAUUCUUCAGCUUCGCAUAAUGUACAUCAUUGUUUCAUCUAUAAAUCUAUUGUUUCAUAUUUUUAUCUAUAUCAUUUAUACCUUUCAAGUCCCUUUUUAUUUGAUUAUUUUUAGUAAUGUAUCCACCCACUUUCAAUUCAAUACCCCAUUAAAAAGGAGAGCUAUUAAAAUUAAUAUCGAUAGUAUCGAUAUUAGAUCAUAAAUAGUUGAUUAAAUUUUAUUACAUUGUGCAAAGCUGUAUGUUAUAAGUUAUAAGUAUCAGUAUGAUUCACAGGAUUGUGUAUUUUUAAUAUUAGUUUAUUACAUUCUACCAUCGGAUAUUUCGUUACUUACGGUAAUCACAAUGCAUAAUAAAUGUAAUCCAUGUAGGAAACACUAUAAUUUUAUUUUAUAUUAAGCAUGUAGAGCUACACAAUGAAAUUGUAUAUUUGUUAUAUGUGAUUAUGUUCGGUUGAAUUGUAAACGUACUCUCGAAUUAAAUAAAAUAAUAUACCUAUGUAAAUGUCUUUCAACAAAAUAAUCCAGUAUCGAGCAAAUUCCAAAGUACAGUAAUCGCCCUGUAUAAAUAAAGUUGUAUAAUCCCUCCGGCGCUCGAGGUGUUCAGCAGAAUAUAAUUUUUGCUCGAGUCCCAUGAUAAAUAUUUACGCACCGGCAAUAUUCUUCAUUAAAACUUAAACUUUAUAAUAAACUCGCGCAAUUUGGGAAUUACGCGGGGAUUUAGCGCCGAUUAGACACAUACGGGCAUCGUAAUAUUCUCGCGAAACUUUCACAUCUCCCUAAUUCUGUAUUUGACUACGUGCAUUUGAUUACCCAUGUCGUAGAGCUCGUUACUGUACGCUCCGGCCUCCGAGCCCGAGGAUCUCUUGAAGGUAGUUAUAGGAGCGAGAUUCGAGGACACUAUAUCGGCGUCCAGCUGCUGGAUGUUCCUUUCAUUAUCCUCUGUUUCCCUGUUGUGGUGAUAGAUCCUCGUACAAGUUACAAUAGAGCUGAGCAGUACCGAAAACUCGAUCAACACCACUACCAGACCCACGCCUAGGAAGGCUAUGUAGUGGUCUCGGUACCAUUUCUUCAACGGUUCUUUACAACCCUGCAAAACCAUUAAUUAUUAGAGUAGAUUCAGCGGGAAUUCUGGUUGUAAUUACCAUUGUAUGUCUGAAUCCUUCGUGCCUGUUCCUUUCUAAAGCUUGGCACAGAGGGAGGCUCGUAGGGCUCGGAUUCAGAUAAGAUUUGGGCUGAUUAAUGUUGCUCAAUUUGCAGCAGGUUAAAGGUACUGCCAGCGAAGGGCGCAGGGCCUGCAGGCGCCAGUAGGAAGUGUCGUAUUCGUUUGCUGAAUCCACUCCGCAGCAA